CCUAAAUCACCAAACAACAAAGCAGGAAAUUCAUCUUUCAAGCUAACAUGCCAACUUACCCACCAUUUGAGCCAGAAUCAGGCUUGAGAUUCACCCAAGAAAUCCACAAUGACACCUAUCCCGCUAUCGACCCUUCACCAUCUGAUUGCCGCGGCAAGGCUGUCUACAUCACUGGUGCCUCAAAGGGAAUUGGACUGGCGUUAGCUCUUGCGUAUGCCACUGCAGGUGCCUCACAAAUUGGACUUGGUGCAAGAUCUCUCUCUGCAACAAUACAGGACGAGGUCAUCGAUGCGGCCAAAAAGGCCGGCCACACUGCUCCUCAAGUUCUUAAAAACAAGCUGGAUGUUACUGACUCGAAUUCUGUAGCUGAAGCUGCAAGGCUUGCUGAGAAGGAGUUUGGACGCUUGGAUAUACUCGUUAACAAUGCGGGCUACUUGGAAGAAUUUGCACCUCUAUGUGAUGGAGAUGAGAAGGAGUAUUGGCGGACCUGGGAAAUCAACAUUCGGGGCGUAUACUGGAUGUCAAAGGCAAUGAUUCCACUCUUGUCAAAGGGUGGGGAGAUGACUAUUAUUAAUAUUAGCUCCAUCGGAGCUCAGAACCUGUCUCGCGGUGCGAGUGGAUAUCAGACGACGAAGUUUGCACUCCUCCGAUUCACCGAGUUUUUGAAUGUCGAUUAUGGGAACGAGGGCUUAUUAGCAUAUUCCGUCCAUCCGGGAGGAAUUCCAACGGACUUAGCCAAGGGUAUGCCGUCAAAUGCAUUCUCUGCUCUUCUCGUGGAUACUGUCGAACUUGCUUCAAACACGAUAGUUUUCCUGACAAAGGAGAAGAGAGAAUGGCUGGCAGGCAGAUAUGUCAGCUGCACAUGGGAUAUGCCUGAAUUCAUUUCUCGAAAGAAGGAAAUUGUUAAUGAUGACAAGCUCAAGAUGAGAAUGGUUUGGUAAAUAGAGAACACAUAUUUGAGGACAGUGUUUCAAGGUUUCA